GCAGGCAGGUAGGAUUUAGUUUCUCAUCGUCUCUGGCCCAACCUCCAAUACAGUAGGCAGCGGUAAUGCACCAUAAAGUUGGAUGUCGAUAAAUCCCACCAAAGAAGUAGUUCACUUUUCAGGGAACUGUCGCUACCUGCUGGUAGCUAGCGCUAACACAGCUUCCUCAAAACAGAAAAUGGCCGGUCAAGAAGAUCCUGUGCAGAGGGAGAUUCACCAAGACUGGGCAAAUCGAGAAUACAUUGAGGUUAUCACGAGCAGUAUCAAGAAAAUAGCAGAUUUUCUAAAUUCCUUCGAUAUGUCCUGCCGGUCUCGUUUGGCCACCCUGAACGAAAAGCUGACAGCGUUAGAGCGGAGAAUUGAGUACAUUGAAGCAAGGGUCACAAAAGGAGAGACAUUGACCUAAACCAAGAUGGUAUGCUGGACUGGAUGUUGCAGUUUGGCUGAGGGUUGAAAACUACAUUUGUGACCAUUUCCAUGUUUGUCCUUUUUUUUUUUAACUAGCUAUGUCUUUUUACAAUUUUGUAUUUGGUCUGUGGGACCACAAAAUACACGUCACACUGUGUGUAUUUGGCUGCUGGAGGGUGACUAUAAUACCACAGCAUCUCCCACAAUGUUACAAUGGAUUGACUCUUUAAUGCUAUCUUAAUCUUUGCACACUAGCUCUGCAUCGCAUUUAUUUGAUCACAGACUAACAUAAUGUAUUUGUGCAAAUCAAAACUAGUUAAGGACAUCCUAAUAGGGGAACGUUUAUUUUAUAAGGUCAAUUCAAAAGUGAUUAUGUGAAGGAGUGUACCCACCCCUAUGGAGAUUUUAAAGAAUAUGCAUUGCAGAAAUAUCCUUCCAUUUUGGCUGAGCCAGGAUAAUUUGAGCCACAGGAAGAGGGAGUGCCAAAAUGAGUCGUCAGCUCUUUAACUGUGGCCAUUCUACUUAUGUCUUUCACUUGUUGUUAUUGUGUUUUCCCUCAUUGUUCAAACGAAUUGUAAUAAACUGUUUAAAAGUAA